CAGUCCCUAUGCAUCUCAGUCUGAGUGCAUGCAGUGAGUUUAAAGAAGGCCAUUCUGGGUUUGAAGAGCUGGAGAUGGGCUCGUUAUGCGGCGAGUUAUGAACAGCAGCCGGAACUAGCAGCAGCUGCUCCCCGGUGUGUGAAACAGUGCCGUCUGUAGUAUAAGGGCAAGAGGAAGGGGCGGCAGGGAUCCGGAAGCGUCUUUGUAGUGCGACGGGUACCGUGCAGCUGCUUCGUCUCUCCGUCGCGGCCUCGCUUGUUAAAAACAGUCGCCACAGACACACGACCACCGAGAAAAGGACAAGCCUUUGAUCUGCGGCAGUAGCAACAACAGCUCCCUUUCCUCGAUGCAGUAAAUCGAUAGCAGAAGACGAAGACGGGGCCAGAAAGAACAAACGCCGAAAAACAGAUUGGUUUGCUGGGAAUCCUAGUACGCAUAGACUCAGUGUUGUUGACACCACAGCGGCGGAAAGCCUUCAAUAACUCUUGCAUGCAACAAGAAGAACAAGAGCGACAGGAGAAGGAAGGAGCCGGCGAUUCGAAGAUGGUUGAUGUGCAUUUUACCGAUCUGCCGAACGCCCUGAUUGCGUGCAAAGUGGACGAGAAUGUCUUCACUGACCGUCAGUGCAAGGUGGGCUUCGAGGCUCUGUUCCGUUCCUUCGACCGCAACGCUACCUUCCAGUUCUUCAAGAGCUUCCGCCGCGUGCGAAUCAACUUCAGCGACGCCGUGACGGCCGCCCAGGCCAGAGUGACUCUGCAUAAGAGCGACUUCAACGGGAAGGAGAUGCGCCUCUACUUCGCCCAGUCUCUGCACAUCGGGAACCCCCGACUGGAGCCCCCCAAACCAGACAAGCAGUUCCUGAUCUCCCCCCCGGCCUCGCCCCCUGUGGGCUGGGAGCAGGCGAAGGACGCCACCCCGGCGAUUAACUAUGACCUGCUCUGUGCCAUCGCCAAGCUGGGCCCAGGUGAUAAGUAUGAGCUGCACGCAGGGACCCCGACCACGCCCAGCGUCGUGGUGCACGUGUGCGAGAGUGACCACGAGAGCUCGGGAGGGGAGGACGAGGAGCAGCGGCGAGUGAGGCCUCGUAUCGUCCAGACACGCCGACCCGAGUACACGACUCCCCCCCUGCACUGAGCCCCGAGCGGGCAGCAGCUUCACCUUUUAUUAAAGGGACCAGUGUGGCCAGUCUGGAGGCAUCACCAGCCUUCCCUCACACCUCUGCUGCAGAGAGCCCCUCCUCCUGGGGUGUUUGAGUGCAGCCAGAGCCGGGACUGACAGGCCCGUCUCAUUGUUGUUAUUGGGGUCUGUCUUUGUUGUAUUUAUUUCCUUUCUGUGAUUGGUCAAGAAGAUGCAGGAGAAAGUGAAGCAUGACUUUGUGGUUCUUGCAUGACUGCCACAGCACAGAAAAGGAGACCUUCAGAAUGAGAAGUCUGAGGAUGUGUGUGUGUUUGUACUGGAAAGAGCUUCCUUUUAAAAUCCUCUUGGGGUUUUGUUAGUAGGGAGUUUUAAGUGUGCGUGCGUGCGUGCGUUUUUUUUUAUAUUUGUUAAACUCUUCAUUGUUUUUCUUGUCAACCUAUUUUUUGGCAUUGUUGACAUUAAGGUUAGACAGACAGACAGACAGACAUAUUCUUGCUUCUUGAGGCGAGUUGCUUCUUGAAAGUGAUGAAAGGGGAGGGAAUGUGUUUUGUUGUUCAUUGUUUUGUAUUUUUCGGUAUCUCUGGCUGGGUUGUGCACAGCAUACAGAUUCCCCUGCUGUGACGACACUGUGGAGUAACAGCAGACCGGUUUUCAGACUCCAUUCAGGUAUCUGCAUCUGCACCUGUCUGUCCAGCCUCUUGUUUCCUGUCAUGAAAACUAAUUGCAUUCAAAGCUGUAAUCUGAAAAGCGGUUGCUAUAAAAAGUUUGAUUGUUUAAUGCAGCUGUAGCGUUUGUGUUUGUUAUUUGUGCCUGGAAUGUCAAAGGCACAUCCUGGUAGAAAUGUACGUUACAUAUCUGCAUUGCAGGUUCAUCAACAUUGUCGUUUGCUCAUUUAUUAACAUUUUUAUAUGAUUUACCAUUUAAUAAACACACUCAGGUGGUUGUCCGUU